UAGACUGUUUGACCUGAUGUGGUUAACUUCACUAUAGACGCGAAAUGUUAAAAUGGCAGCGCCUCUAACCUCACUCAGAACGAACGUUUGUUUUGUGGUUUGUUUAUCCGAAGAUCCAGGACAAACUUUAAAUAUUCCUGCACUUUGCCCUUAGGAUAGAGGCGUUGAGUGUCAGAGGCGGUUAAUUCUGAGGCCCCAAAAUGUCCGAGCCUGAAGAAGAGCAAAGGCCCAAAAGGCAGAAGCGCGACACUUCCUACAAAGCCAAGGCCUUUGAGCGGUUCAAGCGGCUGAAAGAAGGCAACCGCAGCAAGUACGAGGUGGGAGAAGUGGACAGUAUCUACGAGACAGUCGACGAGAGAGAGUAUGAAAAUAGGGUGUUAAACCGGCAAGGGGAGGACUGGAUUGUGGACGAUGAUGGAAGCGGCUACGUUGAAGAUGGGCGCGAGAUCUUCGACGACGACCUGGAUGCGGAGUCAAUUAGCAAAGCCGCCGGUAAGGGCAAGGGCGUGAAGCGAAAGAAGGCCGUCUCCGACCCCCGUUCUAAAGGCAACCUCAAGUGCAUGUUGGCGAACAUCAGCGGCAAGAAAAAAGAGGAGACGCAAAUUGAAGACGACAACACAUUGGCGGAAAUCCUGGGCGAAAUGGACGACGCGCCUUCAACUAGCUCGACCAUCGAAGUGAAGCCGUUCGUUCCGCGAAAACAAGUGGCGCAAGACUACUUUAAAAAGUUUGAAUCCCGCAAAGUAAACCCUCCAAGGGAGGCUGCAGCAGAGGCGAAGCCACACGUUCCGAUUGAGGCUGCGCCCAAAUCCCCAGAGCCCCUACCUGUUGCAGAAGACAUCAAACCCGCACCAGCGGCAGAGGAGGACGAAUUCGAAGACGACCUGGACUUGUCGCGGAUUGAGGAAAUUGAAGCCCACAUACCGGCCAUCGACGACAAGAAGCCACUCAAAGAAUCUCCGGAUCUGUUUCCGUUCUUCGCCAACGGCUGCAGUGAGAGCGAGUCUACGCCUAUGGAAGUGGCCGCUCCUUUCGUCGUGGAUAACAGCGAGGUGUUCCGCUUUUUCUGGUGGGACGCCUUUGAGGACGUGGAAAGGCAUCGGGGCACAGUCUUCCUCUUUGGGAAAACCUAUUGCAAAACCUCCAAGGCCUACGUGAGCUGUUGCGUGGCCAUCCAGAACAUUAACAGGCAGAUUUUCCUGCAACCACGGCCUUUUAUGUUGGACGAGCAGGGCAAACCUACAGAGCAGCCAGUCACCUACAAGGAUCUCUACUGCGAGUUUUCCACCUUGUUGGCCGAGCCGAUGCACAUCAAGACCUUCAAAGCGCGCCUGGUGCAGAAAAAGUACGCCUUUGACCCCACAGUGCCACGAGAGUCUGAUUACUUGGAAGUGCGCUACUCUGGGACAUACCCCAAAGUGAAUCUCGACGUGCUGCAAUCUAAGCCAAAGUCGUUUUGUCGUGUUUUCGGCCUUAAUGCCUCCUUUUUGGAGCUGUUCCUGCUGGACGCCAAGAUCAAGGGCCCGUGUUGGCUGGACGUGAAAAGCCCAGAGGUAAAGACCAACCCGCUCAGCUGGUGCAAAGUGGAAGUAGGCUGCAGCUCCAUUUCCAAUGUGGUGAAGGUAGAGGAGGCCAUUCCGCCGCCCCCUUUGGUGGUAACCGCCAUAAGCAUCCGCCAGCACAUCAACGCCCAAACGCAUCAGAAUGAGGUGCUGAUGAUUUCCUGCGUGACGCAAACUAGCUAUGCCAUUGAUAAACAGCAGCCCACUCCACCGUUUAAUCAGCACUUCUGUGUGAUCGCAGUCCCUUCGCAGCAGCCGCUGCCGCUCAACAUGCACGAGCAGCUGCAGAGCUACAAAGGCACGCGAGUCCAGAAAAUGAACUCGGAAAAGGCGCUUCUGAACUACUUUGCCGCUCAGUUUAGCAAAAUCGAUCCCGACCUGAUAGUGGGGCAUGGAUUGAAGGGUUUUCAAGUGGACGUGCUGGCCAAUCGGCUCACCCGCCUGGACAUCGCCGCCUUCAGCAAAUUCAGCCGUCUGAGGCGCACGGUGAAGAAGAAACUCGCCCUUGAUUUGUUCACCGGACGAUUGGUUGCUGACAUCAAAAUCUCCGCCAAGGAGCUGAUCAAAUCGCGCUCUUACGACCUGCCGUCGCUCUGCCAACAGGUGCUGAAGAUCCCGGAAAGCCAGCUAAUGGACCUGGAGCCGGAUGAAGUGGUGAAGAUGUUCGACAACGUCCAGGAUUUGAUUAAGUUGAUUUCCUUUACCAUGAAAGACACUGCCUGCUGUCUGAAGAUUCUCUAUGACUUGAACAUUGUGCCGCUGGCGCUGCAAAUCACCAACAUUGCCGGCAAUGUGAUGUCGCGAACGCUGAUGGGCGGCAGGUCGGAGCGCAAUGAAUACCUGCUGCUGCACGCCUUUCAUGAAAAAGGCUUCAUAGUUCCCGAUAAACAGUAUGGCAGAAAAGGCGACGCUUCCGACCCUGAUCAGGCCACCCGGAAAAAAGCCACUUACUCAGGCGGCUUGGUAUUGGACCCCAAGGUGGGCUUCUACGACAAGUUUCUGCUGCUGAUGGACUUCAACUCGCUCUACCCCAGCAUCAUUCAAGAGUACAACAUUUGCUUCACCACGCUGCCGGUUUCGCUGAAGAACGACGCUCUUCUACUGCCCGAUCAAAGCUUGCCGCUGGGCAUUCUUCCCAUCGAAAUCCGGAAACUGGUAGACAGCCGGAAGCAGGUGAAGAGCUUGAUGAACGCCUCCGGGCUGUCGCAGGAGCAGAAAAUGCUCUACCACAUCAGGCAAAUGGCCCUUAAGCUGACGGCCAACAGCAUGUAUGGGUGUUUGGGGUUUUCGCAUUCGCGAUUCUACGCCCGCAACUUGGCAGCGCUGGUGACGCAAAAAGGGCGUGAGAUCCUGACCAAUACCAAAGACUUAGUGGAGCGCAUGUGCUUAGAGGUAGUUUACGGUGACACUGACAGCAUCAUGAUCAACACCAACCUGGUGGACUUUGACGAAGUUCUGAAGAUCGGCCACAAAGUGAAGCAGGAGGUGAACAAGCUGUACAAAAUGGUGGAACUGGACAUCGACGGCAUCUUCAAGUAUCUGCUGCUGCUGAAGAAGAAGAAGUACGCCGCAGUGACGCUAUCGCGCACUAAAGACGGCCAACUAGUCGAAGAGAAGGAGUACAAGGGGCUGGAUAUAGUGCGCAGGGAUUGGUCGCAACUGGCUUGCGAAGCCGGUCGGUUUAUUUUGGAGCACAUUUUCAGCGACCAAUCGGAGGACGAUCGGCUGAGCCACAUCCGCAGCUACCUGCGCAAGCUGCAGGAGGAUCUAACGGAGGGGCGCGUGCCGCUGCAGCUGCUCGUCAUCACCAAGCAGCUGGUCAAGGACCCGACCAUGUACGCCAAUAAGGCCGCCCUGCCGCAUGUUCAAGUCGCCCUCAGAUACAACCGGGAGCGUGGAGGGCACUUUAGGGAGGGCGACACCAUCCCCUAUAUCAUCUGCGAAGACGGCACCUCCAACUCGGCCUCGCAGCGCGCCUUCCAUCCAGAAGAACUCAAGCUCAAAGACGCUCUGAAGGUAGACACCAAGUACUACCUGGCCCAUCAAAUUCAUCCGGUGGUGGCGCGCAUUUGCGACCCCAUCCAGGGGAUCGACGCCUAUCAGAUCGCAGAGUGCCUCGGCAUGGACCCCACCUCCUUUAAAAAACCCGUAGUGAAGGCUGCGAGUGUGAGUGAGAACAUCACCAGGCCCGAAGUGCGGUACCGGGAUGUGGAGAAGUUCUCCUUCCAGUGCUUGAGCUGCAAGGCGACCAAUUGCGUGACGGCCCCCAUGAAAGGGGACGUCCCAUUCCUGGCAUCCUGCACCAAUGAGAGCUGCCAAGCCAAGCCGCUGGAUUAUUUGUUUUAUGUUCAGAAUCAGCUCACCUGCACGAUCAGGAGGCACAUUCAGCGCUACUACGAUAACAAGCUGAUCUGCGAAGAUCCAUCCUGCCCCAACGAGAUCCGCAGUCUCCCCCUGCGAUUCGCCGGAAAAUACCCGGUGUGCACAAUGUGCAAACAGUGCGUGAUGUUUCGCGACUAUACCGAACAUCAGCUCUACUGCCAGCUCAGCUACUUUGUCUACCUGUUCGACAUCGGAAAUCUGGAGAAGAAGUUCCUACUAGAGGAGGCGGUUAGUCGCGGUUUCCAACAGUUGCGUCAAGAGGCGGAGAGAUUCCUCAACGCAUCCAGCUACUCAGUGGUCAAUCUGCAAGAGCUCUUUGAUUUUGUGCUCGGGCGCAAGGAGUCCCCGCCCAAAACCCUCGUGCAGCUGGAAACCACCCAGCCCGACCUGUUCUACGCCGAUGAGGACGAUGAGGUGGACAUUUAGUGAUUUUAUUUUUAAUACAUAUUUUUUUGUUUA